UAUAAACAAUGCAUCACAACAACGAAGGAAUAUAUUUCUGUUCAAAUUUAUAUAAACCAACUCAAACAGCCCCAAAAAACAACACAAUCCCAAUCAAUCUCAACAAACCCUAAUUAAAUAAAUCCUCUCAAGCAUGCCCCAAACCCCACUACCGCCGGGGCAGGCGCCGCCGCGGCGCCCCGUGCUCCAAUGCGUGGUGCUGGUGGUGAUCGCCCUGAUCGCCAUGACGGGGCUGGCAGUCCUGAUCAUAUGGGCGUCGGUGCAGCCGAAGAAGCUCCAUUACUCAAUCGAGCACGGGUCGGUGAAGGGGUUCAACCUCACCGACGACAAGCUCAAUUCGGACUUCGACUUCGCGCUCAGGGCCAACAACCCCAAUCGCCACGUGUCGCUCUACUACGACCGGAUCGAGGUGACGGUGUGGUACGAGGAUCAGAAGCUGUCCGUGAACAACGUGCACCCGUUCCACCAGCCCAAGAGGAACGUGACGUUCGUGGACUUGGCGCUGGUGGCCAAGAACGCGACGGUGUACGGGGCCACGGCCCGGGAUUUGAGGAUGGAGCGGGCCGCGGGGGAGGUGAACUUGAACGUCAAGGUUCGGGCCAAGAUUAGGCUCAAGGUUGGGGUGUUUAAGAUACAUCGGACGCUCAAGGUGGAUUGUGAAUCGGUGGUGGUGCCAUUUAAUUUCCACAGGGGUUUUCAGAGGGUGGUCUGUCACACGGAUAUGGAUAAUUGAGAUUAAUUCAUUUGUUGUGUUUGAUUCUUUUUUACUACUUUUUUAUUUAAAUAUCAAUUUGUAAGUGUUUGUUCAAUUUGUGAGUGCCUGAUAUUGGAUUUGACGA